AUGGUAUGCAAGACACACAUUGUUAAAUGCAAUGUCUAUGAGCUACAGUCUCCACUUCACAAAUAUCAUCAGUCUGGAGACCUCAUUAUUGGAGGCAUUGCUUCUCAGGCUCGCUUCACCGCCAGUCCAAUACGUUUUGUUGCAAAACCUCCACCAGCAUUGCUUGAAGAACUUCUCUAUGUCAAUGCAAGGAAGACAAAUCAUGCCACAAUGCUGCUUUUAUCCACACUGGAGAAAUUUGUCCCCAACUAUAGAUGUUACAUCCAGAAUGAUCUAAUUGCAGUCAUUGGUGGGCUGGAUGCCGAAACCUCCUACCAUGUGGCAACUAUCUUGGAUAUCUAUAAGAUUCCACAGCUCCUAUAUGGCUCUGCUCCAGUAAUGAAUGAUAAAACUCCAGGCCUUUCCUUCUACCAGGUAGCUCCUCAGGAAUCUCGUCAGUCUGUGGGGAUUCUCUAUUUGCUUAUGCAUUUCAAGUGGACAUGGAUUGGGGUCAUUGUUAUGGACAGUGACAAUGCAGAACGGUUUGUGCAAACUGUGCUUCCAUUGUUUUCUCAGCAUGGCGUCUGCUUUGCCUUCUUGGAAAAAAUGCCCAAAUUUACUUUUGCCACCGAAGGUUAUGACAUGCUGGAACAUGGUACAAAGAUACAUGAGAAAGUGAUGAGCAGUAGAGCCAAUGUAGUGCUGGCCUACGGAGAAUCUUAUUCCAUGGCAUUUUUCUUAUGGCUUCCAUAUCUAUCAGAUCUUGAAUAUGUGAAAACUAAACCCAGAGGUAAAGUGUGGAUAACAACAGCCCAGCUAGAGUUCAGUUCACUGGUGUUCCAAAAGACUUGGGAUACAAAAAUAUUCCAUGGUGCUUUGGCUUUUGCAAUUCACUCAAAUGAUGAACCAAGAUUUCACCAAUUUGUUAAGAGCAGAAAGCCCUCCAGCACAACAGAAGAUGGUUUUAUCAGGGACUUCUGGCAACAGGCUUUUGCCUGCGUAUUCCCAAAUCCUGAUGAGGGUCAUGCAGAGGUGGAUUUCCAUCGUUUUCUGAAAAAUGUCUCAUUUAACAGUAGUGCUGGAGACAAGGUUUCUUUCAACCACAACGGGGAAUUAAUAGCUGGGUUUGAUAUUAUCAACUUGAUUGUUUCUUCAAACCAGUCCUUUCACAGAGUAAAAGUUGGGAGGAUGGGUCCUCAGGGUCCUGCAGAACAAGCAUUUUCCAUCAAUGAGGAUGCCAUAACAUGGCACAACUGGUUUAACCAGACACAGCCUGUCUCUCUUUGUACGGGGAGUUGCCAACCUGGUUCUAGCCAGAAAGUGAAGGAGGGGAAGCCAUUUUGCUGUUAUGAUUGCACCCCAUGUCCAGAGGGGAAGAUUUCAGAGCACGAAGACAUGCAGGACUGUCAUAAAUGUGCAGAGAAAGAUUAUCCAAGCAAGAAUCAAGAUUUCUGCAUACCGAAAACUGUAACCUUUUUGUCUCAUGAAGAGCCUUUAGGCAUCAGUUUAAUAUCUCUUGCACUUUCCUUUGCUUUGACCACAGUUUUGGUGGUAGGAACAUUUAUGAAGCACCAUGACACCCCCAUUGUCAUUGCCAACAACAGGGGUCUCACCUACACUCUCCUCAUCUCCCUCCUGCUCUGCUUCCUUUCUGCUUUGUUGUUUAUUGGAAAGCCACAGAAGGUGACCUGUCUCCUCCGACAAACUGCUUUUGGCAUCAUCUUCUCAGUGGCUGUAUCAUGUGUGCUGGCAAAAACCAUCAUAGUGGUUCUGGCUUUCAUGGCCACCAAGCCAGGUUCUAAGAUGAGGAAGUGGGUGGGGAAGAGACUAGCCAACUCCAUUGUUCUUUUCUGCUCUUUUGUUCAGGCAGUCAUUUGUAUUGUGUGGUGGGCAACUGCUCCACCAUUCCCACAUAUUGAUAAGAGUUCAAUGACUUAUGAAAUUGUGUUAGAAUGUAAUGAGGGCUCAGCUCCAAUGUUUUGCUGUGUCCUGAGCUACAUGGGUUUUCUGGCUGUUGUGAGCUUCACUGUGGCAUUCCUUGCCAGGAAGUUGCCUGAUAGUUUCAAUGAAGCCAAAUUCAUCACUUUUAGCAUGUUAGUGUUUUGUAGUGUUUGGUUGUCAUUUGUUCCAACCUACCUGAGCACCAAGGGAAAAUACAUGGUAGCUGUGGAGAUCUUUUCUAUUUUAGCCUCUAGUGCUGGGUUGCUGGGUUUCAUCUUUUUCCCUAAAUAUUAUAUAAUUGUUCUAAAGCCUGAAUUAAACAACAGGGAACAGCUGAUAAGGAAAAAAAGAUAG